CUGAGUGAAGCCAGAGAUCAGCAGCAGAUAGAAACAUGCAGCAGGUAGUUUGGAUCAGUCUGGUUCUGCUGAAUGUCGUCUGGAUCUCCUUCUUUUUAACUCCAGAUCUGGACUUCUCAGUGUUUGUGCAGAGGAGAAGAGUCAGCAGCUCUGACGAGACGUUCAUGACGAAGUUCUGCCUUCAGCCGGACUCUGACAGGAAGUGGACGUCUGCUGGACCUUCAGCCAGCGGUCCAGAUGAAGACGUCAACACCGUCACAGAACCCACUGUGAACAGAAAGAAAACUCAACAUGAAGAAUCCAACCCAGACGACAAGUUUCCAACAUCUGCAGCUCCUGAUCCUGAUGGGAACAACUUGGGUGAACCGACCGUAUCUGCUCACGAACAGAGACUGACUUCACCACCAGGAUUGAGCUCCAGCUCUGAUCUUGUUGCAACGAUUCCAACAACUCCCAGAAAUCAGAUGGACGUCGGCCGAACCGGUCAGCAGGAACCACUCACUACUGUCAGACAAACGAGUCUAGGUUUUCCUAAAGAGUGCUGCUUUGUGUUAAUGAAACGACACGUGAACAAGAAGCUUAUCGCUUCCGUUGAUUUGACUGAUCCCCGCUGCCCCAUUAACGCAGCCAUCUUGAUAACAAAAAAGGCACAACUUCUCUGUGUGGAUCCAACGGAAUCCUGGGUGAAAAGGAUUAUUUAUUUUCUCCAGACAAGGGAUUUGAAUGGACUGACUCUGUCCACUCCUUACAAAAGCCUGACUCUCUCUGAGGUCAGUUCAUCACCGAUGCCGAGGCAGGAGAUUCCAACGACUCCACGACAUCAGAAGAUCAACAUCACCCUCAGCCCACCCAGAACAGAACCAGAACGUGGAGCUGGUCCGGUUGAGUGCUGCUUUCAAAUUCGCAAAACUCCCAUCGACGGAAGAGAGAUCGCUUCGUUUCACGUGACUGAUCCUCUGUGCCCCACAAGUGCAGCUGUCUUAAUAACAAGCAGGGCACGCAGGAUCUGUGUGGAUGGACAGCAACUGUGGGUGAAGAAAAUUAUUGAGCAUCUGGAGAACAUAUCCCUUUAAAGGGUCUGCCGUCUGUUCUGCUUCAUCAGAUCAUGUGAAGAACAAUAAAGCACAUGUGGAAAAGUGA